AUGUCAGAGGUCUCAGAGGUGCCCGGUUCGACGACGACCACCGGACCCAACAGUGUUCAACCGCCCUCGGGUUCGCGAGCCUCGAGCGUGUCCUCGAAGAAAGGAGCGCGGCCAAAAUGUACCCUACCCCCGGAGAAGGUGUUCCCGAUCCAGAUCGGGUCAGAGCUGUUUCGUUUGUCGGGAGCUUCAAUUGCGUCUGAUGCACCUUCCUAUUUUUCCCAAUUCUUCGAGGAGCAGCUUCGUCAGAACGAGGAUCCUUCCAAUAUAAGGACGUUGUAUAUCGAUCGUGACCCAGUCACGUUCCAAGAAAUCUCGAGACAUCUUCAGGGGUACUACGUUCGACCAAAAGAUGGCUCUCAAUUUGUGAAAUUAUUCGCGGAUGCGCAGUUCUAUAGCUUGCCCCGGCUUAUCUCCCAGCUGUUUGAAUCGGAGAUCUUUAUUCAGAUCGGUGACGAUCAUUUUCAGAUUCCUCGCGAUAUAUUCUCCAGUCCUGGCGAUACUCCGAACUUCUUUUCACUGGGUUUCGCGGUGUUUUUCGCUUCUCCCCAGGAAGUAUUCCCGGGUCUCGAUCGCAGCGGACUGUUACGACCGCCGUCCAUCCUCCCGCCUAGUGUGCCUAGUCGGUCUGGCAAGGUGUUUGCAGAACUGCUGCAUCUUCUUCGAGGCUAUCCGUUGCAUAUCGAAACUGAAGACCACCGCGCCGAGCUUUUACGGGACUGCCGCUACUUUCAUCUGCGGGGCUUGGAACAGAAAUUGAUUCCGCAUAAUAUCAGCUAUAACCCUGAAAGGCGAAAGUCGGAGAUUAUCAUUCGCUUAGAGGAUGUACGGCAAUCUGGCAUUUCUUUUGUUAGUGAUUCCUCCAAUGACAACCCCAUACUAUCUGGAUGGGUCCAUUACGCACGGCCAUUUGUCGAUGAGACGACAUAUGAACUCAUAGUCGAGAUCGGCGGCGAGAACACGACCAUCGAUCUCAAUGAGAUGCGCGCGGAUUUCCAUGGCCUAGCAAAAGCACGCAUUGCCAGCCUCUUCCAGGUGGUUGCCAACAAGAUGAAUCUUCCCACCAACGCGCCGUUGGGGUUGAUGAUGAUGUCUGGAGGCGCAAGCGCUCAGGCAGCUAGCCCCGGUCAUACCCCGCUCAGCGAGGAUCGAGUGAAGGUGCAAAUUGGACCGGAUGCCGAUGUGAUAGUCGAUGGCGAACCAUAUAUCGCCAACUUCCUUAGAGGCGCUACGGCCGUUUCUCGGGAACAGCCACAGGGGCAGCAGGGACAGGAUACUAACAAUGCCUUGUCACAGCAUGUGGACAUGAGGCAGCCACCUGCAAAACGCAAACGGGCCGAUAGCACGGACGAUCUAGGAGACUGGAUUGUCUACAAGGGCCAGUGGAGACUGAGGGUUCAAACCAAUACCUCCGACCGUGGCGGUUUGGAACUCGUCUUUAUCGCAGUGAAACUAGACGUCUACACGGGCCAGCGCGCUCGAAACAAGAAGAGGUCUUUCCUCUGA